CGGCGGCGAGGUAUGGCUCCAUCGAGGAGGAGGAAGGAGCCGGGCCGCGUUCCUCCUCCUCCUCCUCUCCUCUUGUGUGGAGACGGCUUCCUCUAGCCACCGCUGCAGCUUCGCUUCUAGUUCUGGUUGGCUGUUUGAUGACACCGUUCCAUUCCGUGAAGCAAACAGUCUUGGUUGACCCGGGUUAUGCUAGCUGGUUGAAGACUCUUAGCGGCCCUGUCGACUAUCAGACAGGGAAGGAGUAUGAUGACAAGUUUGAAUCCCAGAGCAUGUCGCAUGUUGGUAUCUCACACUUGCUCCCUGGAGCUCUCCCCUCGAUGAAGAAGAUUGGUGAUAUGCAGGGAGCUGACUUUGCCGCGGAUGUGACGGCAAGGAUUGCCACUCCUGUCGACACGGAAGAGAUCAAUGAACUCCCCUUGAAGUUGCAGAAAAUAUCCAAACUUGUGCAGAACGAGAAGACAUACGUGGACGAUCUUCAGAAGAUUGUCGACGCCCACAGUCUGCCCGAUCCAGAAUCGAUCGUGGUUCACGUCGGCCAACGAGGUCCGAGAGGAGCAAGAGGUCCAAGAGGUCCGCGAGGCCCAACUGGAGAUCAGGGAACCAAAGGCCCCACGGGCCCUCAGGGCCCUCAGGGUGAGCAGGGCCGACGAGGAAUCCAGGGACCGCAGGGCGAACAAGGAGAAACCGGACCACCGGGUCCCAAGGGCAGGCAGGGCUUGCCAGGACUGAAGGGACCCCGAGGAACGGAGGGGAUUGAGGGGCCUGAGGGCGAGGAGGGACAACCUGGACCCAACGGAGAGACUGGACCUCCCGGUCCCCAAGGUCCCAACGGCAUGAACGGCAUGCAGGGCAAUCCAGGCCUUACGGGUCCUCAGGGUUUGCCCGGUGACGGCAAGCGUAUCGUGUGUAUGAAGAUCUUUGGCGAUCGCUGCUUCUCGAUGGUUCAGGGCUCCACUAAUUAUGGUACCGCCGCCAGUAAUUGCAAGAACUGGGGAGGAUCAGUCGCAUCAGUGCGUGACCAGAGUGAAUGGAAUUGGAUGCUAAGCAUGUUCUCCACCCAAUUCUGGAUUGGAAUGCAGCUUGUGUCGAGCCCAUCAGGGGAUAUUUCCAACGACUGGAAGUUUGACGACGAGACAUCGAACAAGUUCGCCAAUACCCUCUGGGCACCUGGAGAGCCCAACGGAUGGAGGAAUUGCGGAUACAGGUGUGAGCCGUGCGCUAUUUCUACUGGGAAUCGCUUGAAUGACAUCACAUGCAGCGCAUCUGCUGCAUACGUUUGCGUGCGACAGCUCGACGCAGCAGCCAUGGCGUCGAUCAAAAAGGAUUGAGGGCGAGAACGAGCUUUUAUCCCGCCUGCUUUCGAUCUGUUAAUAUUCUUGUUGAAAUAGACGUGUUUUUCCUGC